AUGCUGAUACUAUUACUAUUGUUAUCAACAACAAAAAUAAGAGGAGCAACAGGAACGGGAGAAGACACAAAAAUUACUGUAUCACCUGGGGCAUUCUUCAACGAAAUCAAGGAAACCAUAAUGUACGAUAAAAGUAUACCACUUAUAUACACGCAAAGCACGGUAAAAGACAAUAUAAACAAUUUCGGGGAAACUUUGGAAAUAGAAAAAUACUGCAAAAACAAAAAAAAUCAUAAUAAUUAUUGUAAUAUCGUACAGCAAUCGAUUACGCUAUUAAAUAAUCUAAAUAAAAACAUCAACGAUAACGACAUUAAAACAAUGGAAUUUCUAGAAAAUAGAAACACCUUCGAUUCUAAGAAAAGGUCGAAACGAGGAAUACAAUUCGUAGGAGAUUUCUAUAACUUCUGCUGCAAUGUAGCAACGGAUAAACAAAUUAAAAAUUUUUAUAAUAAUGAAGAAAGAUUAGCCGAACAGGUCAUAAAAUUUGAUCCGGAAGUUUAUGAACUAACGUCUUUAAUAUAUCUCAGCUGUUAUGAAUUAACUUUUAUUGGAACAUUCUUCUUUUAUAUUUGGCGGAUAUUUUUCGAUAAUCCACUAUCCAUGGUAUUGACUGAACUUGAAUCAAUUCACGAAAAAUUGAUACGUCUGAAUGUAAAAGGGCUGAUGAAAAUAACAUAUUAUAUGAAUUGGAUUCCUAUGGUUAUAAUGAUUGUAAAUGUGAUGGUAGGGAUUAUAACUACAAUUCUAUGGACGAUAAGGCAUAAACAUUUGUUUGAUAUAAAAGAAAUGGUCAUAAUGCUGGUUUCAAAUAUUUGCCAAUCCUUUGUUCUUUUUGAAUAUAUACUACUUAUAACAUACAUAAAGUGGAUGGUCUACAUGAUAAAUGAACAAAUUCCGGAAAGAAGAUGUUGUUUAAGUACCUACAGAGACAUGUAUUUGGAAGUUAUAGAAUGCUUACAUCAAGUCAAUAAAUCAAUAUACGGUGUGCCGGCCAUUGUUGUUUUUAUUGCAUCAAAUGUCGCUGAAAUCAUUGUUUCUAUAUACGGAAGUUUAUUGUUUCCUAGAGAUUAUAUUAAUGAUUCUUAUUUAAUUCUUUCUUCCAUAUGUCUGUUGUCGAAAAUAGUCAAUAUUCUAACUUUAUACAUGAUUGGUGAUGUUACAGAAAAAGAGGUAAAUCGGAUGAGUUUUGUCUUACAUCAACGAUCCUUAAUAGAAAGAAACCCUAGAAUUAAACGUCAGAUCAAGUUUUUUUUACUACGCAGAUUACACGAACACUACUAUUUUGAGCUGUAUGGAAUGUUUCAUAUUAAUAUAAGACAACUAUUUAGUUUAUUAAACAAAGCAAUUGGUUAUUUAGUAAUACAAACUUUGUUCAAAUUGAAUAAAUAA